AUGGAACCUUUCAAGGGCGAUACCUAUCCCAUCGAGGGCAUCCCCUCCAGCGCUGAGCUAAGGACCGACAACAUCCCCUACGCUCCGGGCCUACCCUGUCGCUAUGAGAUAAACCACUUCUUUCCUUCUGACGACCCCUUCGUGAAGAAGCAGUGGACUCUUAUGGUUCUCGCCCUCAAUCGCUUCAAGGCGCUUGAAGUUGAUGAGAAGCUCUCGUACUUCCAGAUCGCGGGUAUUCAUGCGUAUCCUCUGCAACCAUGGGAUGGUGCUGCGCCUCCCAAAGAAGAGCCCAAAGAGACCCCCAAAUUGCCUGGGGCGAAUCCCUAUGGAGGAUACUGUGAGCACAACUCCAUUACCUUUGCGACGUGGCAUAGACCCUACUUGCUGCUUUUCGAGCAACUCGUGUGGAAUCAUAUGAAGGAGCAAGUCGAGGACUGGAACCUUGACCCUACCCAGGCUGCUGAGUGGAAGAAAGCAGCUAAUGAAUGGAGGCUCCCAUACUGGGACUGGGCUGGCGAGCAGGAGACGCGAAAAAACAGACUCCCAAUAAUCUUCGAAACUGAGAACAUAACCGUCUAUCCUCCUGACACCCCCAGAGGAGAGAUAAGCGUCGAGAACCCAUUUUGGGACUUCAAGAAUCCCAUGAAAGACGACAAGGGUACCCCAAGGGCAUUUGGAGACAUGCCACCAGGUAAGACUCAGUGGAACAUCCCGGACCGCGUUGAAAAGGGAAAAGAUGGAGAACCCGAUGUCAUACUGCCAUGGGGCAAAUCCUCGGCAACAAGCCGCUAUGGUCUACGGAGCGAAGAUGGAGUCAAUUGGACGGGCCUUGACGGUUUCAAUAACAUCCAAGAAGCCAACACUGUUUUGAGCAAGUUCCAGGAGGGCUGGUACCCUCCCUACGACCAAGAUGACCCGAGGCGAGAUGAAUUCAAGGCUCCUGGCACACUGGCCGAUGCAGUGAAUCGUCUGUUCUCUCCACAGUACACGGAUACCUGGGAAACCUUUUCCAGCACCAAGUGGUGGAAAGAGAGUGCUCGUUCAAUCAGUACCGGUUAUCUUUCGCUGGAGUACAUCCAUAACAAUGCCCAUAACCUUAUCGGCGGUCAAAAUGCCAAGAAGCCAGACAAGGGAAGUGGAGGAUGGGGUCUUGGGCACAUGGCCGACGUUCCUGUAUCAGCAUUUGAUCCCGUCUUCUGGCUCCAUCAUUGUAACAUCGAUCGCUUGCUUGCCAUGUGGCAGUGUUUGAAUUGGACAACCUGGUUCAAUGGGGUCCGCACUCAAGGUUGCACUGAGUAUGUCGAGGAUAAGAAGAAAGACAGUCCUCUCCUGCCUUUCCACCGCGAGAAAACCAGCGAUCCAACAACUGGGUACUGGACGUCAGAUGAUGCUCGAGACUGGACGAAAUUGCGCUACCAGUACGAUGAUCUGAUCCCGAAGCCAGAUGCAAUUAUCCCUGGAAAGAAUGUCUUGAACGAGGAAAAGUACAAGAUUCACCUUCGAGAGCAUAUCGAGGAAAUCUAUCCCAGCGCCCAGAAGUACUGGAAGGCAAUCUUCGAGAAGAAGAACAGAGACGAGAACAAGGACUUUUUCGGACGUACUAAUACGAGGCAAGAAACCUGGAACGACUACGUCAUCAACGUGGUUUACGAUCGCUAUGCCCUUAACGGAAGUUCCUAUUCCAUCCAGUUCUGGCUUGGUGGUGAUGGCGAACACCCCGAAACGACCUUCCGAGAUGAAGAGAACCUGAUCGGACAGGUUUACUCAUUCGCUGGAAUGGAUCCCUCAGCUGAAACGUGCUCUAACUGCGCUUCCCAGAAAGAAGAAAAGGUGCUCUCUCGAGCUCAAGUUAUUCUUACAAUCCCAAUUAUAUCUCAGGCACUGGACCAUCGCUUCCGACACAUUGAGUCAACCAGGAUAGACGCUGUCAUUAAAUAUCUCCAAGGUCAUCUUCGAUGGAAGUUUGUGCAGAUUGGAGGUAUCGAGAGGCCGGCAAAGCAGUUCCCCAACACCAAAAUCUCAGUCCUCAGAGGUAUUGGCAAACCCCAGACUGCUCCGGAUGACAAGACGGACAUCCCACCUAUCUAUGCUGAAUAUGAAGUCAUGCAUAAGGUCACGGAGGAGAAGCCUUGCGGAGUGAAAGAGAAUGAUGCGAUACUUGGAGCUUCUCAGACCUUGUACUAUCGAAAGUUUAGCGAUUAG